AGACGGAGCUCCGCCACCAAACGCAUCCACAACCCGCCCGCCUGCCUCUGCCCCGGGAAGGAGCGAGGACUAAUCCAGCCUUUCUGGGACACACUUUAGGGAUUCUUAUCUGACUCGUUUUUUACAUAUUGUUUUAUUUUUAUUUUUAUUAACUUUCUCUGUUUUGUUGCCAAAUUGUUUCCGGUGCCUUUUACGCACAGCCAUCGCACGAAAAGGCUGUAAGAGAGACGUUUUUAGUUCCUUUUUUCUUUUCAAGUUGUUUCCUCAAAAACUGAAAUCACGCAGCCACAGAGAGACAGGCAACCUGAUCCUGAAACGUGGAGACGGAUCAGUGUGAGCGCUUUGGAAACAAAAAGGAAGCUAAUCAGCGGAGUUUUUUUUUUUUUUUUUCACUCACAGAAAAGAAGAAGUAUCUCCAGUCCAAAACCCGAGCGCUGGAGAGCAUGGACCUGACAGCGCGCUCGAAGCCAGGAAACCUUUGCGCUCCAUCGCGGGAUUUUUGUCUUUAUUCAACUCAGCAACUCUAAAAUGAGAAAGUGAAAUGCUUUUGCAACAAAUAACUGAGUAAGUUUUCCCCCCUCCCUCAUUAAUCUCCAGCAGCAGCUUUUCACUUUGUAAUGCAAGAAACCUGCCUUUUUGAGACAGAGAAAAACAUUUGACUGUUUUUUUUUUCUUAAAACUGAGAGGGGAUAAUGUGUUCAGCUGUGAAACCGAGCCUCAUCCCUGUGCUGCUGCUGGUGCUGUGGAGCAGCAAGGGCUCAGCCAUCAGCUCCAUAGACCCCGACUGGUCAGGAGAGGGCAGAUGUCAGCAUAUUAACAUCCCCCUGUGUAAAGACAUUGGCUACAACAUGACCCGCAUGCCGAACCUCAUGGGUCAUGACGAUCAGAAAGAGGCCGCCAUCAAGCUCCAAGAGUUCUCCACGCUGAUACAGUACGGGUGCCACGGCCACCUCAAGUUCUUCCUGUGCUCGCUGUACGCUCCCAUGUGCACGGAGCAGGUGUCCAACCCCAUCCCGGCGUGCCGAGUCAUGUGCGAGCAGGUCAAGAUGAAGUGCUUGCCCAUCCUGGAGCGCUUCAACUUCCCCUGGCCCGACUCCCUGGACUGCUCCCGCCUUCCCACCAAAAACGACCCCAACAACCUGUGCAUGGAGGCGCCCAACAACGGGUCCGACGAGCCCCCCAAAGUGUCCCACACGCAGCCUCCGGAGUUCAGGCCACAGCGGCCCAUGAGCGCACACGACCUGCACCUGAAGGACAGCGGCGGCAGCAGCAGGCAGACCUGCAGCAACCCCGGCAAGUUCCACUUUGUGGAGAAAAGCGAGUCCUGUGCCCCAAAGUGCUACUCUAAAGUGGACGUGUAUUGGAGUCAGGGGGACAAACAGUUCUCCCUGGUGUGGAUGGCCAUCUGGUCCAUCCUCUGCUUUGUCUCUAGUGCCUUCACUGUUCUCACGUUCCUCAUUGACCCACAGAGAUUCAAAUACCCCGAGAGGCCAAUCAUCUUUCUCUCCAUGUCCUACUGUGUUUACUCUGUGGGCUAUCUCAUCCGACUUUUUGUUGGAGCUGACAGAAUAGCCUGUGACAGGGACAACGGGGUUCAGUAUAUUAUUCAAGAAGGUCUGGAGAGCACCGGAUGCACCAUCGUCUUCCUCAUCCUGUAUUACUUUGGCAUGGCCAGCUCCCUCUGGUGGGUUAUCCUGACCCUAACUUGGUUUCUGGCUGCAGGGAAGAAGUGGGGCCAUGAGGCCAUUGAGGCCAACAGCAGCUACUUCCACCUGGCGGCGUGGGCCAUUCCAGCCGUGAAGACCAUCAUGAUCCUGGUGAUGAGGAAGGUGGCCGGGGACGAGCUGACGGGCGUCUGCUACGUGGGUAGCAUGGACGUGAAAGCUCUCACCGGCUUCGUGCUCAUUCCGCUCUCCUGCUAUCUCAUCAUCGGCACCUCCUUCCUGCUGUCCGGCUUCGUGGCCCUCUUCCACAUCCGAAAGAUCAUGAAAACGGAGGGCGAGAACACGGACAAGCUGGAGAAGCUGAUGGUCCGCAUCGGCGUCUUCUCUGUGCUCUACACGGUCCCGGCCACCUGCGUCAUCGCCUGCUACUUCUACGAAAGGCUCAACAUGGACUACUGGCGCAUCCUCGCCACCGAGCAGAAGUGCGUGGAAAGCAGCGGGCCCGAGUCGGACGAGUGCGUCAUGAAGGCUUCCGUCCCCGCCGUGGAGAUCUUCAUGGUGAAGCUCUUCAUGCUGCUGGUGGUGGGCAUCACCAGCGGGAUGUGGAUCUGGACGUCGAAGACGCUGCAGUCGUGGCAGAACGUGUUCAGCAGGAAGCUGAAGAAGAGGACGAGGAGGAAGGCGAGCAGCGUCUUCACCAGCAGCAGGCCUUACAUCAAACCUCACCCGUCUCUCAAAGGGCAGAACACGAAGUACGAGCCCACUCGAGCCCCGCCGACAUGCGUAUGAGCUGGUUCUCACUUUGUACAAAACAUACUUUUAAAAGCAGGACUUCUGAUUGAUCAGAAGAGUCACAGCUCAUGCUUUAUUUAUGCAUCACGCAUUGAGAACAUACAUAUCCUUUUUUUGUAUCUUUCAGCCUCAUCAAAAGAAGGCUGUGUUUGAGUGAAAUCGGCUUCACUCUUAUUCUUUUGGGGAACUCGAGUUACAAAAAAAAAGUAGAAGUUGUAUUGUUCCCGAGACAAACAGAACAGAGUAAACMUGUUGGAUUUGUGUUACUUGAAUAAAGUGCAAUAGAUGUUUUCCUUUCUGGCUGAAAGACACUUAGACUGCUGGUGAAACCUUACAGACAAUGGAGGCACACGGUCUGAGAGAUGACUGUUGUUUCCAGGUUUUUAUAAUGGAAAUCCUGCUUGUCAUAAAUGCAUGAA